GUUCAAAAUUUCGUUUUACUUGUCUUUACUACACUUGGAUCUGGAAGACUUGUUAUUUAACUCGUGUUCUGCUUGAAUUGAGGGGUCAGCCAAUCAAAUGGUCUGUCGAAUCGAGUGUUUGACCUUUUUUGCCCGGAACUGUGGGUAAUCCACUAGUAACAUCAAUGCUGAUUGGUCAAUCAAAUGUCUGACGUCAUAGGUCAAAAGUCGGUCUUUUGACCCUUGAUGUGACCUAUCGCUAUAACUUGUCAGAUCUUCAUGUAGUGUAGGCCAUCGAAAGUAUAAAAAACCGAAACGAAAUAUAGAUCUGUAUUUUAAUCAGAUUGAAUUAGUUACAUUAUAUUAAGAAUUCUAGUCACUGGAAUUUGAAGUGAAGGGGUUAUACCAACAAAACAGAAGGGUUGAUUAUUAUGUCACGUGAAAUACAUUAUAUUAAGAAUUUUAGGGGAAAUGUGGGUGAGAGUUUAGUCAAACAAAUCAGAAGGUUUGAUACUAUGGCAUGGCAAUUACACUACAUUGAGGAUUUGAGGGAAUUUGAGGUGAUGGGUUAGUCCAACAAAACAGAAGGGUUGAGAUAAUAGAUUCCUUUGACAUGAAUCAAAAGAGUCAUGUCAGACAGUCUAAAAUUAUACACAGAGGAUUUCCUUGAAGGGCAUUUAAAUGUUUAUGUGAAGUUAGGAAUAGAAUGUUUGUUUUGUAUUAUACUGAAAGCUGUAGAGGAAAUGAUGCUGCAUAUGGUUUUGAAUCGGAGGACGAAUCUUCAUAUGAAGAAGAAAUUAGUGCAGAGAGCUCUGAAAAUGACACAGCCCAAGCAGAGGAGGAAGCUCCUGAAGAAGAUGGCUCAUCCUCUGAAGAGGAAGAAGAACCAGAACCUGAGGAAGAACCAGAGCCGGAGGAAGAGGAAGAAGAACCAGAACCUGAGGAAGAAGAAGAACCUGAACCUGAGGAAGAAGAACCAGAACCAGAGCCUGAGGAAGAAGAAGAACCAGAGCCAGAGGAAAAAGAACAGGAAGAAGAAGAAGAAGCCCCAGAGGAAUUGACAGAAGAACUUGAGGAAGCAGAAGAAGCACCAGAACUAGAGGAACAGGCUCGAGAGCAGGAGGAAGAAGCUCAGGAAGAGGAAGAAGACAGUAGUUCAUCAUCAUCAUCAUCAUCGUCUUCUUCUUCUUCUGAAGAUGGGUCAGAACAUGAGGAAGAUAAAGGACUUGUUGUUAAUGUGGAAAUUAAAUUCAAAAAGAAACACAAGAAACACAAAAAACCUAAAAAACCUCACAAAGAAUACGUUGAAGUAGACUAUGAAGAAGUUGAAGAAGACUAUGAAUACGAUGAUGAUAAGCCCAAGAAGCCUAAGAAACCUCACGAUGAUACGAAGCCUCAGAAACCUCAUAAGGAACCUAAAGGCAAUUAUGAAGAGCAACCAUUUGAUGAUACGAAGCCUCAGAAACCUCAUAAGGAACCUAAAGGCCAUUAUGAAGAGCAACCUUUGGUUCCAGUAGAACAAAUGGAACAAGUAAUGUUAGUGGCAGAGCGCUUCCAACCGACUGUAAGGCCUUUUCCCGACUUCUCUGCUGAAGCAGAUGUUACAGUUCUAAGAGAAUGUAUGAAAGGAACAGGAACUGAUGAAGACAGGAUAAUAAAUCUGAUCAGUCAUAGAUCCAAUUCUCAACGUCAAGAGAUUGAAAAAUUCUUUAAGACCAUGUGUGGCAAGGAUUUGAUAGAAGAUUUAAAAAGUGAAUUGGGUGGAGAAUUACGUGAGGCUGUAAUGGCUUUGUUUAAAUCACCAGCUUAUUAUGAUGCAUGGUCUUUACAUAAAGCACUAGAGGGUGCAGGAACUAAAGAUGCUGUAUUAAUAGAAAUACUGUGUACCAGAAAUAAUGAGGAGAUAAAUCUUAUUAAGGAAUCUUAUUUAAAGAAUUAUGGUAAAACUUUAGAAGAUGAUAUUAAAUCUGAUACUAGUGGCUAUUUUAAAAGACUCCUUGUAUCAUGUUGUCAGGCUAACAGAAAUGAGUUGACUGAAGAGCAGAUAGAGUGUUUGUUAGCAAAUGGUCCAGAAUCUAUAAUAGAUAGAGAUUUGGCUAUCCAAGAUGCUAAAAAACUUUAUGCUGCUGGUGAGAAGAAAUUUGGAACUGAUGAAUCAGCAUUUAUUCAAGUCCUGGCAUUGAGAAAUGUCUUUCAACUCGAUGCUAUGCAGUAUGAGUAUGAACAGCUUGCUGGAAAGGAUUUGCUAAAGUCAAUUGACAGUGAAAUGUCUGGUGAUAUAGCUCGAGGUCUAAAGGCUAUUGCGCUAUAUGCAAGAAGUAGCCUCACGUAUUUUGCGAAUAUUUUACAUAAAGCUAUGAGUGGUGCUGGUACAAGUGAUUCAACAUUAAUCAGAGUAAUAGUGUCGAGAUCUGAGUAUGAUCUUGGAGAUAUAAAAAGAGAGUAUGAAAACUUAUAUGGUAAACCAUUGUCGGAGGCCAUUAAAUCCGAUACCAGUGGUGAUUACAGAAAGCUUCUACUUGCCUUGAUCAAUUAGUAAAAAUUUAGAAAUUUUUGAACCAUGAACUGAGCCCCAAGCCCUUCUCUUGUUCUUCUUUUUAGGGCAGACGUUCUUUGAUAAAAAAAAAAAAGCCUAAGGCUCUGCCAAUUCAAAUACGAUUGACACGAACUUGGCAUGUUUGUUCCUUGGACAAUUGUGCAUUAAUUUUUGAUGACGUCGCAAUAAUAAAGAUGGCUGUGAAGACGUCAUGCUUUGUUUCUGGUCCACGGUACGUCGGUCCAUGUUAUGUUACUGUUUAACAGGUUAAUAUUGAGUAUUUACUAUUUAAAAUAGUAUCUUGUAUAUAAUUGUACACAUUAAAAACAUCAAAACUAUUCUAUGGAUAGCAAUUACUGUAUUUUAAUCGGAGUAUAAUACUGAUAGUCAGAAAUAUAUACCUAUUACUUUCAGGAUUCAUAAGGUUUUUACUAAUUAAAAUUUAAUGAAGUGGUUACUUCUGUUAAAAUUAACUUUAAGUAUAUAUAUUAUUGUUAGCCUUAAGAGUACAUAAUCAUUAUAAUAAUUAUGAAUUUAAUCAAUCUGGUUAAAACACAGAUCCUAUUUCGUUUCGUUUUUAUAGUUCAAAAUUUCGUUUUACUUGUCUUUACUACACUUGGAUCUGGAAGAGUUGUUAUUAAACACGUUUUCUGAAUGGUGUCAGGGAUAAGCCAAUAAAAUGAUCUGUUACGGUGAGCUUUAGGCGUGUUUUUCACGGAACUGUUGGUAAUCCACUAGUAACAUCAAUGCUGAUUGGUUAAUCAAAUGUCUGACGUCAUAGGGUGAUAAGUCGGACUUUUGACCCCUGACGUGACCUAUAGCUAUAACUUGUCAGAUCUUCAUGUAGUGUAGGCCAUCGAAAGUAUAAAAAAACGAAACAAAAUAUAGAUCUGUAUUUUAAUCAGAUUGGAAUUUAAUCAAAUGGUUAAACUCCUUAAUUAAGUGGAUUCCCUAAUGUUUUGAUUUUACAUACAUUUUGUUCUUUCUGACUAUAUCAGUAUUAUGCUUGAAAACAAGAAGUUUGCAGCUCCGAUCAAAAUACUAAAAAAUAGAUAUUUUGUUACAUAUUAUCUUUAAAUUUUUCUAAUAUUGUUUAACAAUUUAAUAUUGAGCGUUAAUAUUUUUCUAGAUUUUGUAAGCAAAUAUCUAUAUUGGGCAUUCUAUUGUUAGAAAUAUUUAUCAUAUUUUCUUUUCUACAAGAGCAGGUACCAAUCUCUAUUUUUUAAUAUUUAUAGGCUGUGCAUUUUUUUUUUACACAAGAAAGGGUAUAUAUGGUUUUUUGUAUGUUAUAUUAGUAUUUUCUUUUCUACAAUUUAUAUUUUGUAUUAGUAUUUUCUUUGCUACAAGAACGAGUGAAAUACUGCAAUCUAUAUUUUAUUCUGCAGUAGGUGUAUAUACAUGUACUUGCCAUUCUGAGAUUUACAAUGCAACAUAAGCAUUUUAUACACUUAUUUUUAAACAGGCAUAUUAUAUGGUAGAGUGUUGCCCAUUCAUCCUGUAAACUUCUCCAUCUUCAUUUGUUCAGUUCAUGCAGAAAUGGAGGAUGUUAAACCCCAAUUGUUGUGAGCUUGUGAAAUCAGUUAGCCCUGCUCUCCAUGUAAGCAUUUCCUUUGGCGAAACAGUUGUUUUAAUGCAAAUUUAAUCGCUCUGAUUCCAUGUCAACAUUUGCGCAAGCAGAGAAAUAGUUACCCCGAUGAGCAACCAUUUUUUCACGUCUACUAUGCACCCGAUGCCCAACCGGAUGUUAAUGUUCAACUUCUAAGUCAGUCAUUGCGAUUGGCUCUUGUUGCUGCAUGUUCAGCUUGAAAAUGAUAGAUUUGUUAAUGUUAUUUCAAAACGGUCGUGAUUAAAGGAAAACAAUGUCAGCCUCCUUGCUGUAGAGAGAAUCCUUCUUUUGUAUUUUAUAAAGUCUUGAACUAGAAGUAGUAAAUUCUAAAAUUGUGACUUAUAUUUAAAAAAACUGUUUUCCCUAUUUUGAGGUUGUCUCCUAUUUUGCAUUUCAAUAAUUUUUAAUUUAAUAAAUAUUUCAUCUGUUAAUUUGAGAGUAAUGAAUUUGUGAAAUGAAUAAAUCAAUACAGUUUUUUUUUUGUGGAUUUUGAUUGCUAAUGAUGUGCACUACCUAUUUUUGGACAGUUUCAAUAGGUUAUUCCUAACCGCAGUAUUUUGGCUAAUUUUUUUACUCGGACACUCUAUAAUCUGUAUAAAAAAAAGCAAGCACAAGGAGUGUUUGGUAGCUUCAUUGAGCAGGGGUCAAGGUUAGUGUUAGGUCAUCAGUGUUUCAAAAGUAUUUUCAGGGUAAUUAUAAUUCAUAAAUACACUAUUUACAAGGUAAUCUUUAUUCGUAAACACUGUGGUUAUGAAUAACUUUAUUUGUAAACAACAUUUAUUGGGUUUUAAACCCGACUCAAAAUUUAAUAUAGUUCUGAAGUUUCCUUGGAUCAUUUUGAAAGUUUUAUUGUUGAUACCUACAUUAUCUUUAAUGUUUUUAAUUUAUUUAUUAGGGUAAUAAAAAUGUGAAAUGAUGGUACAUAUUUCUAUGCAUCACCUUUUUUGACAAGGCAAAAGGGUACUAAGAAUGUAAUAUUUGUAAUAUGAUUUCUUUUAAAGGAGCUAAACCUCUAACUCAAUAUUAUCUAUAAUCUUUAACAUUUAAAAAAUAAAUUAGAAUUUAAUAUUGGUCCAUUUCAAUCAAUAUUUAUGUUGUUAAUCUAACCAUGAAAAUGUGGGCUCCUGAUAUCCAGUUAUUAAGAAUCAGAUAUUUUAAAAUCAUUGAGUGACAUCAUUUUCUCUAUGGUCUCAAGCAUCAUUAGUAAUGAGGUACCUUGAUGAACAAGACAAAACACAUCCCACAAGUCAGUGCCUAAGUGAAAUGUCAAACCAUACUAAUCAGGUAUUUUUGGGAACAUGAUUAGAAAUUAUAAUAAGACUGAAUGUAAAUUACAUUAGUGUGUUUUUCGACCCAUUUUGGGGUUCCAAAGAGUAGAGGAUUAGCUCCUGUAAUUUGUUGCUGUUAUGUAAUAGGAGAAUUUUUAUACAGAUAAUUACAUAUACUAUACACAUUUCACUUUUAUUUCGAAUAAACGUAUAUACAUAAAGUU